UUACAUUGAAGUUCCACAAACUAAGCCCUAAACAUUCUCUUCCAACACCCCCGCCGGCGAUCCUCGCAGUAUCUCAGCGAAGCUCAGGCAAAUAGAUCAUGGCCUCCGACUCAUCUCCGGUCAACACUCACGGCGGUCCAUAUACACCAGAUGACUCAACUUCAAGCCCAAUUGGUAACACUUACUCAUCUCCCGGUGACAACACUCGCCGGAAGCGUGGCCGCCGCUCGUCAGCCACAUCCACACCAGUUGCACCGUCAAAUCGGCGAUUCACAACUCCCGAUGCUACACCGACGCCUUCCAGUACUAAUUCGCGCCGUGGCCGAAGAAGAGCGUCCUCCACCACCCCUUCUGGUGCAGCCGCCGCGACUCCGUCUUAUGCGUCUGAUAUUCCGCCGUCCUCAGAGGGCGGGGAAGGUGAUGAUGCCGAUGAGGCCCCACCAAUGUAUGUGUGGGGCACAAACAUCAGCGUACAAGAUGUAAACGCUGCAAUUCUUAGGUUUUUGAGGAAUUUUCGAGAGGAUCCUUCUCAAACUGAGGGGAAAUACAUGAGGGCAAUUCAUCAUGUAAUUGAAAUGGAAGGCGACUCACUCGACGUUGAUGCUCACGAUGUGUUUGAUUAUGAUAACGAUUUGUAUACCAAAAUGGUCAGGUUCCCACUUGAGGUUCUAGCAAUUUUUGACAUUGUUUUAAUGGACAUGGUUAGCAGAAUUAACCCACUAUUCGAGAAGCACAUACAAGCUAGAAUUUUCAAUCUUAAGAGUUCGACUUCAAUGAGAAAUCUUAAUCCGGCAGAUAUUGAGAAGAUGGUGUCACUCAAAGGGAUGGUUAUUCGAUGUAGUGCAAUUAUUCCUGAGAUAAGGGAAGCAAUAUUUAGGUGUCUUGUUUGUGGGUAUUACUCUGAUCCAAUUGUUGUCGAUAGAGGAAGGAUUAAUGAGCCAACAAUAUGCGGCAAGCAAGAAUGUCUAGCAAGGAACUCAAUGACUUUGGUCCACAAUAGAUGCAGGUUUGCUGAUAAACAAAUUGUGAGAGUUCAAGAAACACCAGAUGAGAUUCCUGAGGGAGGGACACCUCACACAGUAAGCUUGUUGAUGCACGACAAGCUGGUGGAUGCUGGGAAGCCAGGAGACAGAGUUGAAGUCACUGGAAUUUAUCGGGCUAUGAGUGUCAGAAUUGGGUCAACACAGAGGACCGUAAAAUCAUUGUUCAAGACUUACAUUGAUUGUCUUCAUCUUAAGAAGACUGACAAGUCAAGAAUGAAUGCAGAGGAUCCGAUGGAAAUUGAAAAUGGAGUGGUUGGAAAUGAUGGCUCUCUUGGUUAUGAAGAAAAGGUGGAGAAAUUGAAAGAACUAUCUAAACAGCCUGAUAUCUAUGAAAGGUUGACUAGGUCCUUGGCGCCAAACAUCUGGGAGUUGGAUGAUGUAAAGAAAGGUCUUCUUUGCCAGCUCUUUGGGGGGAAUGCAUUGACGUUGCCAUCUGGGGCUAGCUUCCGAGGUGAUAUCAACAUUCUUCUUGUUGGUGAUCCGGGGACCAGCAAAUCGCAGCUGCUUCAGUAUAUUCACAAACUAUCUCCCCGUGGUAUAUACACCAGUGGACGAGGAAGUUCCGCCGUGGGGUUGACUGCUUAUGUAGCCAAAGAUCCUGAGACUGGUGAAACUGUCCUCGAGAGUGGGGCCCUGGUCCUGAGUGACAGGGGGAUCUGCUGUAUCGAUGAGUUUGACAAAAUGUCUGACAGUGCAAGGAGCAUGUUACAUGAGGUCAUGGAGCAACAAACUGUUUCAAUUGCAAAGGCUGGAAUCAUUGCUUCGCUUAAUGCUAGGACUUCCGUAUUGGCUUGCGCAAAUCCAAUUGGCUCUCGUUACAAUCCCCGUCUAUCUGUCAUUGAUAAUAUACAUCUUCCACCUACCCUGCUGUCAAGAUUUGAUUUGAUAUAUUUAAUUCUAGACAAGGCUGAUGAGCAGAUGGACAGGCGCCUUGCAAAACACAUAGUUGCAUUACACUUUGAGAAUCCAGAGAACUCAGAGCAAGGUGUGAUUGACCUUCCAACAUUAACUGCAUACUUGAGCUAUGCUCGAAAACAUAUACAUCCACAAUUAUCUGACGAAGCAGCUGAAGAAUUGACUAGAGGGUAUGUGGAGAUGAGAAGAAGAGGGAAUUUCCCUGGCAGCAGUAAAAAGGUUAUUACAGCCACACCAAGGCAAUUAGAGAGCUUAAUACGCCUUAGUGAAGGUCUCGCCCGGAUUCGUUUUUCAGAACGGGUUGAGAAAAGAGACGUAAUGGAGGCUAUUCGUCUUCUAGAAGUUGCACUGCAGCAGUCUGCAACUGACCAUUCUACAGGAACCAUUGACAUGGAUCUCAUCACAACUGGAGUAUCUGCAAGUGAAAGGAUGAGAAGAGAGAAUUUCGUGUCAACCACCCGCAACAUAAUCAUGGAGAAGCUGCAGCUGGGGGGACCAUCAACUCGGAUGCUGGAGUUACUGGAAGAGCUGAAGAAGCAAAGUUCUGGUGGUGAAGUUCACCUAGCAGAUCUACGAAAUGCACUUGCUACUCUAGCUACUGAAGGAUUGGUUGCUGUUCAUGGUGAUGCUGUGAAGAGAAUAUGAUGAGUCGAAAUCAGGAGGCUUUCUCAAAUUCAUUGCUCAGGGAGCAGAAGUGGACAUGUAGAUUGCUACUAUUUACAAGAGCACUUUGCAGGCAUGUUAGGCAGAGUCAUGUUUUUUGUUCCUGAUCAGCAGUCUUCUUCACUAUCUAGCCUUUGAAACAGUUGGCCAUUCGUUAGAGCAAUGUGUACUACACUUUGCAAUGUCUAAGUAUUUGCUUGAACUUGAUCUUAAUUAAAAGCCUAUGGUGAAAAUGAAACUUGAAAACUUGUAUAUUUGAAAUUAGAUGGGAUGUAACGUGUGCAAUGACGCUGGUUUGGCGUAUAUCUGUUGAGAGUUAAAUUGGAACCAGUGAAGCCCCCUUCCAGAGUCA